CGUCAUUUUUGUUUACAUGGACAAAUAAGAGUUCCCACAAGGGGAAUAAUUCAUGUUAACUACAAUGUACACGGUAGAUGAAUGUGCCGUAACUUUUUACUUUUAGCUCGUUUUAUCUACAGAAAGACAACCAAGUUUUCUGCUAUGGCGGACGUCUCUGGGCGCAUUCCCCACUUCAAGUUUGGUCUUAUAGCAGACGUACAAUACGCAGAUUCAGAAAAUGGAUUCAAUUUUAGCAGAACAAGCGAAAGAUUCUACCGUAAAUCCCUGACGCUGUUGGAGGAAGCCGUUCAACAUUGGAAGCAGGCGAAAGUUGAUUGCGUUCUACAACUAGGCGACAUCAUUGACGGUAAAUGUCGUCCAGAGAAACAAUCUGAAAAAUGUCUGCAAAGAGUACUAAAUCAAUUCAAUGAACUUCAGGGGGACGUGUAUCAUGUAUGGGGAAAUCACGAACUGUACAAUUUCGAGCGGAAGGUUUUGUUAACCUCUGACCUGGCCCCAAGUCCCGGAUGUAGCUCCCCACCCGACAGUGCUUACUACUCCGUUGUCCUUCAUCCCAAACUCCUCCUAGUGGCCAUGGACUGUUACGAAGUCAGCUUACUAGGGGUGGACAACUCUUACAAAUAUUACGACCAGGCAUGGAAGACUCUGGGUGCCAUAAACAAGAACGACACGUGGAACAGUCCAGAGGGUCUGGUUGGCUUGGAUACGAGGUUCGUGAAGUACAACGGUGGGUGUUCCACGAGGCAGGUCCAGUGGCUAGACCAAGAGCUGACAGAGGCUAGAAGAAAGAAGCAGAAUGUUAUAGUUAUCGGCCACCUCCCUGUGUUGGAAAGCAGCGCGCACGCGGCAAACUUACUAUGGAACUUUGACGACGUUUUGCAAGUUCUGAGCUCCCACGAAGACAGCGUAUUAUGCUAUUGUAGCGGCCAUGAUCAUGAUGGUGGAUACGCUCAAGAUAGUGCUGGAAUUCACCAUAUCACAUUUGCCGGAGUGAUAGAAGCCAUCGACAACAACCCGUUCGGUACAGCACAUCUCUAUGACAACCAGCUUAUGCUCUACGGAAAUGGAAAUGUACCCAAUAUAUGUAUGGACUUGAAGUAUCCAAUAGCAAGUGGAGACAGUUGAUGAUGAUUUGUUUUAUCCAAUCAGAUACAUUUUUUUAAGUCACAAGUCAAACUUAACAUUUGUAUUCAGGGAAACUAACUCUUUUUACAAAGUAUGAUUUUUUUUACCAAGUGCUGCAUGUAUUUUUAUCAGAUUUUUAAAAUUUUUACGAUUGUUCAUUCCAUUGAGAAAAAAUAAACUUAACUCUGUUGUUUCC